AACAACAACAAGAAUAGCAAUCAUUCUUUAAUGAGAAACCAGUCCUAAGCCCAUGCUGUUACACGGUGCCGGACAGCAGGGGGCGUCAUGCACCUUUUAACACUGGCCAUUAAAUUACAGGAGGGGUAAUGUGACGUCACGAGAAGACCCCGUGACACGCUGCCGGAAGCAGAGCGCACCCGGAGAUAAACCACCAGCAACAACAAUAGCGGCUCGCCAUUAUUGAACAUUUAGACACAGACAUCCGUAAAACACACCUUUGUUUACGCAGCCGACACACGGCGGCUCGCUUCCCCCUCACGAUGACGGCCUCGGUGUUCUUCGGCUGCACUUUCAUAGCCUUCGGACCCGCCAUAGCGCUCUUCCUCUUCACCAUCGCCCGGGAGCCGCUCAGGGUCAUCUUCCUCAUCGCCGGAGCGUUUUUCUGGCUGGUGUCUCUGCUGCUGGCCUCCCUGGUUUGGUUCAUCUCCGUUCAGAUCAGCAACAAGGACAGCGCCGCCCAGCAGAAGGGGCUCCUGGUGUUCGGCGUGGUGCUCUCCGUCCUGCUGCAGGAGGCCUUCCGCUUCGCCUACUACAAGCUGCUGAAGAAAGCGAAUGAAGGCCUCCUCACCCUCAGUCAGGAGGAAACCAUGCCGAUCUCCAUACGGCAGCUGGCCUACGUGUCGGGCCUCGGCUUCGGCUUCAUGAGCGGGGCGUUCUCGGUGGUGAACAUCCUGGCGGACUCAGUGGGGCCGGGAACCAUUGGGAUCCACGGAGACUCUCAGCACUACUUCCUGUCCUCGGCCUUCAUGACGAUGGCCAUCAUCCUGCUUCACAUGUUCUGGGGCGUCGUCUUCUUUGACGGCUGCGAGAAGCAGCGCUGGUGGGCGGUGGCUGCUGUCGUCGCCAGCCACCUCAUCGUUUCCUGUCUGACCUUCCAGAACCCCGAGUACGUCGGCAGCCUGGUUCCCACCUACGUCAUCUUGUUCCUGAUGGGCGUCUGGGCCUUCUACGCCGCCGGCGGCUCCCUGAGGAACCUCAAGCUCUGCCUCACCUGCAAAGACAAGGACUUCCUGCUCGCCAACCACCGGCCCAGAUAACACAGCGGCACGCUGCGCGGUGUGCAGGACUCUCUAGCGCAAGAUCGCCGAGUUCACACACACACACACACACACACACACACACACACACACACACACACACUGAACACAGCAAAGAAGCAGCGGUAACCGUCUGUUCAUCAGCUGUUUAAACCUCAACAUGUUAAGUCUUUAAAAACACAAACAAAUAAAAGUUCCUGGAAGAAAAGCAACAAAAAAGAUGAUUUUGGUUCAAUUUAGAAGCUCAGUAUUUUUUUUUUAUUUUUUAUGAUCAAUUAAAAAAACAAAACACAAUAUUCCCGUGUGGCUGUUUGUCGGCUGGCGCUCUAAAUCAAACCCACCUGAGAUAUUUCACAUUCUGUACAUAUUCUUCAACUUUGUAGCGUCAAGUUUCUCAAUUAUGACGGUUUUUGUGUAAAUAUUUAUGAUUUUUAAAUCCCCGAUGUGUAGAUAGUCUUCACCUGCUGUAUCCUUUUUGAUUUGAAACGAGGUUUACAGAAGACGGGCGUUUUGUUUUUAUUCUGAAGCCAUCGCGACUUUCUUUUAGUUCUUUAGAUUCUUGAUGCACCAAUUGUGAAAUUCUGGGCCAAUUCAAUGUUUAAAGAAAACAAUUUCACAAUAUCUUUGUUGUUUACUUCCCCUUUUGUGCCUGGUAUACAUUUUCAUCAUAAAAGAAAACUGUUUUAAAGUUAA